GGAAAGCACUCUCUCUCUCUCUCUCUCUCUCUCGGCUAGCCACGUGGCGGGCCAUUUUUCUUUUGUUUUUUUCAUAGGAGAUGGCUAUGGCGGGAUCUUUGUCACGUUGUUUGGAGGAGGACGAGCGGGAGGACGAGCGGGAGGAGCGGAAGGAGCGGGAGGGGGGAUGGGAAAAGGAGAAGUGGGAGGAGGAGCGGAAGCAGGUGCGGGGGAAGGAGUGGGAGGGGAAAUUCGAAGGGGCGGAGGAGCUGCGGGAGGAGGAGCUGGAGGAGGAGGAGCGGCAGGGGAAGCGGGAAGGGGGUGGAGGAGGAGAAGCGGGAGGAGCACGAGCACGAGCAGGAGAAGGAGCGGCAGGAGGAACGGGGGAAAGAGCAGGGGAAGCAGCAGGGGGCAGAGCGGGAGAAGGAGGAGGAGGAGGAGAGGGAGGAGCAGCAGGAGAACGAGCGGGAGCGGGGCUAUGGCGGGAUCUUUGUCACGUUGUUUGGCGGAGGAGCGGGAGCCUGGAGGGGGAGGAGGAGGAGUGGGAGGAGCGGGAGAAGGAGCGAGAGGAGGCGUGGGAGAAGGAGUGGGGAAGGAGCGGGAGCGGGGCUAUCGCGCGGGAAGAGGAGCGGGAGGAGGGGGAGGAGGAACGGCGGAAAAAGCACGAGAAGCAGCGGAAGCAGGACGCGCAGCAGGAGGAGUGGGAGGAGCAGCAACAGAGGGAGCGGGAGAAGGAGAGGGAGGAGGAGCGGGAGAAGCAGCGGGAGAAGCAGCGGGAGCGGGGCUAUGGCGGGAUCUUUGUCAUGUUGUUUGGUGGAGGAGUGGGAGGAGGAGGAGGAGCAGGAGGAGGAGCGGGAGGAGGAGUGGGAGAAGGAGGGGGAGAAGGAGGGGGAGGGGAUUGGGGAUGGGGUUGCAUCUCACAGCCCCUUUCUCCAUACUCUCCUUCUCAUCUUGCACAUUCGAAGGCUGCUCAGUUCAUGCACACAUGAAACUGUUGAAGCGGCCCUGCCUGCGCG